UCUCUCUCUCUCACACACACACACACACACACGUCUAGGCUUCUCUUCUCUAGCCGGAGCUCCAGCAGCGAGCACUGACUACUUCUCAGUCCUGCGACUCUGUCUUCUCCGUCGCAGCCGUCUUGCGCUUUUUGCGCAUCGUCCCCAGACCCCCUACGUCCACAAACCUGAAGGUGAAAUAUGUAAGUUCUUUUUUUCCCCGAGUUAUUUUUGAUUCUUCGGUGUGUGUGUGUACCAGGAACAUCAAAGGAGUUGAAGACAAGGCUCAGAAGUUCACGCGUCAUGUGAACCUUCACACGACAAAAGGACCUGGUUUUUUGGGACGAGCCGACAAUCAGAGGUGCAAAUUUUCUUCCACAAUCCUGAGCCCUUAUCAGGCCUGUUGCUUCAUGUGUUAGUAUUAUGAACGGUACACGCACUGUCAUGGAGCUCGAGAGCCCGAGACGCGCGUGGUGAAGAAACAGGGUCGUGAGAUCGCAGCGAUGAAGGUCUUAAGGCUUUGCGACGGGGCGGCCCUCGCGCUCGUCUGGAGCGUCGUGGGUUUGUUUCAGAGCGUCUGGUGCGCUUUAGGGGACAACCAUGUUCACUCGAGCUUCGUUUACAGACGCUUGAGGAACCACGAGCGCAGAGAAAUCCAAAGGGAGAUCCUCUCCAUCCUGGGUUUGCCCCAUCGGCCAAAACCCUUCUCUCCGGCGAAGCAGGCAUCCUCAGCACCCAUGUUCAUGCUCGAUCUGUACAACGCCAUGACGACCGAGGAAGCGGAGGAGGAGGAGGACGCGCUGCUCGAGUACGCAGCCAAGGCGAUGAGCGCAAACUCGCUGCGGAACUCGCGCAAAAGCCCGCAGCACACCGCUCCGUACGGAUACUCACGCGCGCCUGUGACCUGGACAAGCCAGAGUCCACCUCUGGCCACUUCACACGACGCAAACUUUCUGAACGAUGCCGACAUGGUCAUGAGCUUUGUGAACCUCGUGGAGCGAGACAGGGAUUUUUCCCACCAAAGGAGACAUUAUAAAGAGUUCCGGUUUGACCUAACUCAAAUUCCGGAUGGGGAGGCCGUAACAGCGGCGGAGUUUCGCAUCUAUAAAGAUCACAGUCAUGGGAGAUAUGAAAACAUCACGCUGAAGGUCUCGAUAUAUCAGGUGAUAAAGGAAUAUCAAAACAGGGACGCAGAGACGUUUUUGCUCGAUUCAAAGAAAAUCCGUGCCUCAGAUGGAGGAUGGCUGGUGUUUGACAUCACAGCCACCAGUAACCACUGGGUGCUUAACCCACAGCAGAACAUGGGCCUUCAGCUAUGUGUGGAGACCAUGGAUGGUCGAAGCAUCAACAUGAAAUCAGCCGGGAUCAUCGGCAGGAGUGGGCCGCAAUCCAAGCAGCCAUUUCUUGUGGCAUUUUUCAAAGCCAGCGAAGUGUUGCUGCGCUCUGUAAGGGCCACAGGGGGGAAGAGGAAGAAUCCGAGCAGAAACAAAGGCAGAAGUCAACCAAAAACCUCACCGACUUCCAGGAGUACAGAUCAAAACAUCAGCGAACAGAAGCAAGCCUGCAAGAAGCAUGAGCUUUAUGUCAGUUUUCGUGAAUUGGGAUGGCAGGACUGGAUAAUCGCACCCGAGGGAUACGCGGCAUUUUACUGCGACGGAGAAUGCUCGUUUCCACUCAAUGCACAUAUGAAUGCGACGAAUCAUGCGAUUGUGCAAACUUUGGUCCAUCUCAUGUUUCCUGAUAACGUGCCAAAGCCGUGCUGUGCUCCAACCAAGCUGAACGCCAUCUCCGUGCUCUACUUUGAUGACAGCUCAAAUGUAAUUCUGAAAAAAUACCGCAAUAUGGUAGUCAGGUCAUGUGGGUGCCACUGAAAUCCAUGUACCUUUGGGGUGCUUUGGGGGAGUUUUGUGCCCUUGUUUUUGAUGCAUUACAUCAUUAGGGUUUAUACGUAAAGUACAAAGACUCUAGAUUAAAGCAUUCUUUUUUUAUAACCUGACACUUUUAUAAUAUUGCUGGAAUACAACACAUACCAGAUAGAUAGUUUUGAGAUUUACAGUGAUGUACAGUGUUAUGUAUAUAUUAGCUGAUGAAUGCGCUUAUUUAUUUGGCUUUAUUUUGAAGACAUUUACCACUUGCAGAUGAUAAAAAAAAGCUCUUUUUUUCAAUACCUAUUGGAGGCCAGUCGAGGAAGCAGCAGUUAUUUUUGGCGUCUUGAUCAUGAAAAAUUAUUUUCUGCAGAUUUGUAAUUGUUUUGAUACCCUUUCAGUCUUUGCAUUUAUAUUAGUAAUUUGAAUAAUAUAUAUUUUGCAAUAUAUUGCAUCUAUUGUAUUAGGACAACGAUAAUAUUUUAAUAAAUAUGUUUCCAAAAAAUGAUAUCAAAA